AUGCUAGGCGUCAUCACCAGGCUCCAGGGUCUCAAAGUCCGGCAAUUGCAAAAUAUAGCACUUUCAAUCGGGAUACUGUCAUCAGGGACUAAAAAGGACUUGAUCAACCGUCUCUCUAAGACGUUCCAAAAACAUAAUCUUCAACCGCGCGAAGAUGGCUCGACUUCAAGGGACAACAUGGUCGCGAGCAGGCCUCAAAAAAACAGAAACCCAGAGCCAAUGAGCAUUUUGAGCAUAGAUAUGGGAAUCCGAAACCUGGCUUAUGCACAUCUACUUGUUUCUAGUCGAGGGGUAUUAGAGGCUAGAGUCUCAAAGACGGCUCAAGAUAAGCCAUUGCCAUUUUCUGGGGCGAAGGUAUAUCUGAAUGCUUGGGAUCGACUUGCAAUAUCUUCGUUCCCGGCACCUGAUAUGGAGGAAGAUCCUCCGACAAUACCAAUUUCAAAUCUGGGCGGGCUAGGAACGACGACGCUAAUACCCCGAUCUUGUUUACAAGAGGAAGAAAAGCAAGUGGAAAAAGAAACCAAGGAACAUUUCGCACCAUAUCUAUAUGCCUCUCACGCUUAUACUCUUAUUACGUCUUUAAUGGAAGCAUAUAAACCAACACAUAUCCUGAUUGAGCGGCAGCGGUUCCGGUCUGGGGGAGGAAGUGCAGUUCAAGAAUGGACGAUUCGCGUUGGCGUGUUUGAGGGCAUGCUCUAUGCCGUGUUACAUACCUUACGGCGACAAGGGAAGGGGGAGCAGCUUGGGAAGGUGUUUGUACAAGGUGUGGAUCCACAGAGAGUGGUGAGGUAUUGGACAAAUGAUGAGAAGAAGGAAGAGGCAACGCCAGAUUCGAAGAAAAAGGUCACCUCAAAGGAAGGAAAGAAGGCCAAAAUCGACUUAAUCGGGAGAUGUCUAUCUCGAUGUACUGGUAUUGGUGGCUAUUAUACCCCUACUGGCAGUGCAGCCAAAAAAAGACCGAAGCAAGAGAUAUCCAUGGAGCUUGACUUGGUUGAUGACAGCCAGGCAAGAGAUAUCGUUCAUGCAUAUCUAGAAAAGUGGAAUGGCGGAAACAACGUGUCGAAGAAACGGGCUACUCUAGCUGCCCUGGGAAAGAACAAGGGGAAUAUCGAGAAUAUUGGAAAGCUUGAUGAUUUAGCCGACUCUCUUUUACAGGGCAUUACAUGGUUAGAAUGGCAAAAGACGACGGAAAAGUUACUGUAUAACGAUGCAGCCAUUCCUACCUAG